AAGCCGCGUUAUUUCAGCUCGACGUAGGCCGACGCCGUGAAGCAACGGAAACAGCAGCUAGCUAACUAACAACACAACUUUCCGAUUUUCAGGUUCUGUGAUAGUUCUCCAAACGACGUAUCCUGACUUCAGUUUAAAAAGAAGGUAGAGAAGAAGGUAGAGGACAGCUACAGGUUAUCCUCCUCCCGCUGUCCGCCAGUACGUGUGUAAUUAGAAGUUAUCUCGGGAUAAAUUAGCCAGAUUUGUGGCACGAAGUAGGUCACAGAGCGCCUUGUUCGGUUCAGAUUCGCUGUCGAGCACGAUUUUACUGUGACACGGAUCAUGGUUCUCCUUAAAAACAUCCAUCCUCCCACCGAGGGAGUGCGACACGAGCAAGCCGACACCACGGCGGUGCUGGACGGUCAGAGGCUGGGCUGCGGCACGCUGUACGUCGCCGAAACGCGUUUGUCGUGGUUUGAUGGAUCAGGGUUGGGUUUCGCUCUGGAGUAUCCCUCCAUUGGUCUGCAUGCCAUUUCCAGGGAUGUGAGUGCUUACCCCCAGGAACACCUGUAUGUCAUGGUGAACGGAAAGCUCAAUGAUGAGAAUGAGGCAGAAAUGGCAGAGAAAGCAGCUGGUGAUGAAGAGGAUGACGGCAGCAGCAGCGGAGGGGAUGAUGACGAUGAUGAGGGGGUGAUCUCAGAGAUCCGGUUUGUGCCGACUGACAAGACGUCAUUGGAGUCCAUGUUCUCAGCCAUGUGUGAAUGCCAGGCCCUUCAUCCUGACCCGGACGAUGAAGACUCUGACAAUGACUUUGAGGGAGAGGAGUACGACGUGGAAGAAGCUGAGGCAGAGCACGGUCAUGCUGACAUCCCGACUUUCUACACAUGCGACGAGGGUUUGUCAGCGCUCACGCAGGAAGGCCAGGCCACGCUGGAGAGGCUGGAAGGGAUGCUGGCCCAGUCCGCCACUCAGCAGUACCACAUGGCCGGGGUGAGGACCGAAGAAACAAAAGCUGAGUUUGAAGAUGGUAUGGAGGUGGAUGCUGCAGCGAUGGAGGCCGGUCAGUUCGAGGACGCAGACGUUGAGCACUAGUCUCGCCAUGCAUAUGUUUGACUCCUCCUGCAGGAUGAAGUCGUGUCUACAUUCAAACAAAGCACCAGUGGGAUCAUAGAGGAAGACGGCAGCACUUAUUUACGGCUUUCUGCUCUGACCCACACCCUCUUCCUUUGUCGUAAUUUUCUGUUCUCACCCAUGUGCUGAAACUCGUCUCAGUGGUCCUUCUUCCAUCGGCUCAUGUGUCUCAUGUUAAAGCUCACUCAUUGCAGCAUGUUGGUGCAUUUUUAUGGUUAUAUCAUCAAGCCGCUGUGAUGCAGUGAGCUAUUAAUGAACUGUUGCCUGCUGGGAUGCUGCCAGAAAAUACUCAAAUCCUGUUGACUGUAUUAAAACAUUUUGUUUUGUACCUAAAAACUAAUUUACUACUUGUUUUUUUUUUUUUUUCCUCCAUUGAAGUCUUUGUAAGAAAUUAUCAAUAAAAUAAUUUUGUAUCUUG